UUGUUCUGUUACUUCUUCCAAUCUUAACGCGGCGUCCUUAAAAACAAAUUUCAGUCAUUCAUUAAUUUAGCCCCCAAAAAGUUGCUUAAAUCCACACAAACAUGGUAAAACUUACUGCCGAAUUGAUACAAAACUCAAUGCAAUACAUAAAUCCAGUCAAAGACCGUGAGCUGGACCUACGAGGCUACCGAAUUCCAGAGAUUGAAAAUUUGGGGGCAACGGGCGACCAGUUCGAUACCAUUGACUUCUCGGACAACGACAUUCGUAAGAUCGAUGGUUUUCCUUACUUGAAACGUCUUAAAUGUCUUCUUUUAAACAACAACCGCAUCAUGCGUAUUGCUGAUCACUUGGACGAGUACAUUCCAAAUUUGGAAUCGCUUAUUUUGACCGGAAACCAAAUCGAAGAACUCGGAGACGUUGAACCUUUGGCUACUUUGGAAAAACUAACCACUUUGAGCCUAAUGCACAAUCCCGUAACAGCCAAACAACAUUACAGGUUAUACCUGGUUUACAAGUUGCCCCAGCUCAAACUGCUUGACUUUAGAAAAAUUAAGCAGAGGGAGAGAGACGACGCCAAGGCACUGUUCAAGAGCAAAAAGGGAAAAGAGAUUCAAAAAGAAAUUAUAAAAAGAUCAAAAACUUUUGUGCCUGGAGGUGAUAUGCAUAAUAUUGCAAAGAGCAGAGGCUUGUCAGAUGAGGAAAUCAGGAAGAUUCGUGAGGCGAUUAACAGAGCAAAUUCCCUGGAGGAAGUUGAAAGGUUACAGAAAAUUCUUCAAUCUGGCCAUAUACCUGGUACUGAGCAAAAUAAUGGAGAAACUAACGGAGACUCGAUGGAUUUUGAAUAAAAGCUCUGGGUAAAGUAUUCCUAAAGGGAGUUCAUUUAGUUUUAAGUUCUUAAAUUUGUCAUUGAUUAGCUGAUGAGAACAUUUAUUUGUAAAUUCUUUGUAAUCUUCACUAAAAAGGUUGAGAAGCGAUACUAAUUACACUCA